CAAGUUAUUUAUUUACUAAUUAUUAACUUAAUUACUAUUACCAGUACAGUAUAUAAUUUUUUAUUUAGUUGUAAAAGAUGACAAAUUGUGCUAGGCUAGCUAAAGCUGUUGCUGCUAGCGAAAAUAAUAAGUGUUUGUGAAUGUGAUCAAUACGAAUCUUCUGGCAUGGCAGCAACAAACAUAUAAAUGUGAAAAACUAUUAACCCAGGCAACCACAAGACGAUAAAAGGAUACUAAAUUCAUAAGUUUGUGUACAAUUGACUACAUGGUGUUAAAAUACCAAGUCAGCCAAAGGCAUUAAGAAGAAAAAAAAAAAAACAAAAAAAACAAACAUGCUCAGAAAGAUGUCAACAAAAAAUAAGUUGGCUGUUUCCCACAAAGAAAGUGAAAAUUGAAGUUGGCACAGACUUUUUUCUACUAGAGAGUUCUUAGAUAAACAUCCUGGCACAGUCAGGGGAAUCACUACACAAGCAAGCAAAACGACCACUUCUGUGCCAAUCAACAAUGGCAGGAUCAGACGAUCUGAGGAAUAUGCUGAUGACGUUUAGGGUGUCCGAGCUGCAGAUGCUCUUAGGAUUUGCCGGCCGCAACAAAUCCGGCCGCAAGAAUGAGCUGCAGAACCGAGCGAUGGGGCUGCUCAGUCUCAAAUCUGCCCCGAUUCAGAUGAAGAUAAGGGAACUGUACAAGUCCAUCCAGCAAGGAGUGGUGGCCGGGGAAGGUGUAGGCGCCACAUCACCCUCGGCGGCCCAGGCUGCUCAGAUGAUGCAGCACCAGCAGAUGGUGCAGAAGAACAACAUGAUGAGCUGUGCACCCAACUCGGCGCCGGCCGGCUAUCCCCAACAGUACCAAGCUCAGCAGGCUCGAGCGUCGGCUAUGUACGGAGGGUACUACCAGAACAAGGCGCACACACCACCGAUUGUAGACCCGCUGAGUGCAGUGAGAGGAACCAUGCCCAACGCUCUGCCAGUACACCCAGACGUACAACUCAAGCGGCUGCCGUUCUACGACCACAUCGCGGAACUGUUCAAACCUUCUACGCUCAUGGCUGUAGGGAGUGCGAGAAUGCAAGAGCAGUCGUUUGUGUUUCACCUCACUCCAUCACAAGCCAAUGAAAUCGCUUACAAUAGAGAAGUGACCGCUUCUAAGAGUGAAUACACUGUACAGGUCCAAAUGAGGUUUUGUCUCCUAGAAGUUUCUUGUGAACAAGAAGACUUCUUCCCUCCAGGAAUCGUAGUCAAAGUGAACGGAAAGAACUGUCCUUUACCAAACCCCAUUCCCACCAACCGGCCGGGCGUAGAGCCCAAGAGGCCACCUCGGCCUGUAAAUAUAUCUCCCCUGGUGCGGAUAUCACCUACAGUGUCCAACCACAUCAACGUGACGUGGGCCGCAGAGUACGGCCGGGGGUAUGUGAUCGCUCUCAACCUCGUACGCAAACUCACCUCCACGCAGCUUCUGCACAGACUCAAGACCAGAGGCGUACGACACGCAGACUACACGACGGGUCUCAUCAAGGAGAAGCUGCGGGACGACGCAGACAACGAGAUAGCCACUACGAGUCUGCGCGUGUCCCUGAUGUGUCCACUGGGCAAGAUGAGGAUGAGCAUACCUUGCAGACCGACGACCUGUACACAUCUGCAGUGCUUUGACGCUAACUUGUACCUGCAGAUGAACGAGCGCAAACCUACCUGGACGUGUCCCGUGUGCGACAAGCCGGGACUGUUUGACAAACUAGUGAUAGACGGGUAUUUCCAAGAGGUGUUGAACAGUGCAAAGAUCACUCCUGAAGCCAAUGAGAUACAGCUUCACCAAGACGGGACGUGGUCCAUCUGUUUACCAAAGAAGGAGGACAAAUCGGAUGAACCUCCACCGGUAAAAAGCCGUGGAGGACCACCAGUUGUGGAGGCGACUGUGGAAAUCGCAGAUGAUGACGUGGUGCCGGUAGACGAAGGGUCAGACGUCGAAGACAAGCCCAAAGUGAAAGCGUCGGCUGCUGAGGUCCCUAAGAAGCCCAAUGUGAGCACCGUGGACCUGACGCUGAGUGACGAUGAUGAUGAUGAUGUAGCCCCUACACCUAUCAUCAACAAGACAGACAGCAACAAAUCUGCAGAAGUGAGCAGCAACACGUCCACGGCUGCCACGCCUGGCUAUAUCAGUCCUAACAUUAUCACACUGGAUUCCCCCUCCCCUCCAGCUUCACCAGCUCCGCCACCCCCCACUCUGCAGCCACCGGCGCCUCCGGCAGCGACGUCCUCGGCGUACACCCCUCAGUUGCCCCCUUUCUUUGAUCUGGACAAUGAGGCAUCUGGCGAUUACCACGGGUUUUAGGUAGAAGUGGACAACUGAACAUUUAGAUAAGGAUACCGAGGUGACAUUUACCAAAUAAUCAACAUUGCCAAUAUGUGUUCCCAAUGAUCACUUUCUCGAGGCUCCCGGAGCAGGUCUCCAAGUCUAUGUCAAAUCAUGAACAAACCACAAUGUUAUUCUGAUGUGUUGUGACAUAUUCUCAUGUAAGAUUUAAAUUUGAUAAUUUUAAGUUCCAACUUGGAUACAGAAAUAAAAGGAAAAUAUUUAAACACUUUCCCUUUUGUUAUAUUAGUAGUAUUUUCUUAGUAUAAAAUACAACUAUUAUUACUUCUUGGCAAAAGCUAUAAGUUCCAGUCGUCUUUUUAGUUGCAUUAGAAUAAUAAAACUGGCUCUUCUUUUGCAUUGUCUUUAGUUACGUCUUAAAUUUUGAAUUUUAUUGUCAAGAAAAUUAUUUAUUUAGAGGUGAUUGGAUUUCAUUUUGAAAUUGUCACGAAGAAAUAGAGUUUUGCACAUCAUUUGGCUAAGUUGAUUGCUAUUAUAGCAAACUUUAACUAUUUGUGUGUACAGUGUACAGUAAGUUAAGUUAAAUUUAGAUUUUGUAAACAAGAUUCCUUAUAAUAAAA